UGGGGGUCCAUCGCAUGUCCGCUCCGCUCCUCUCCUCUCCUCUCCUCUCUCCCGCCGCCGCAGAAUGGAUUGCUCCGUUUGAUACCCUCGAUCUGGUGAGAUGUUGAACUGGAGGCUCGCGCCUUGCCCUCUCCGUCAGCUCCUCGCGCCGCUCCGCACGCAGUAGCGACUCGCCACCGGACAGACAGCAAAGAAAAGUAAUGCAAUAAACAAGUGUCAAGUCGCGUCGGGCUGUUCGACAGGACGGAGGAAAAGUUCAAGUCGAAGAAGGAGGAUUAUGCAGUGAGUGCCGCACACAGCUGUGAACAGGUGACUGAAGUGGAGAUUGACAUUGCGAAGGCCUUUUAGGAGGCCCUUCCAUCUCACUCCCGGCCUCCUUCUCCUCCCUCCCCUCUGCGUCUGUCUCUCCUCCCUGAAUCCUGACCCCCAUAUCCCCGACAUCAGCAUGGAUCUGAAGGACCGCCGGCACCGCUCCCUGACCAGGGGUCGCUGUCCCAAAGACCCCCAGUACAACACGUCCUCUCUGGACGCAGACGAAUGCCGUGUGCCCACUCAGAAGUCGUACAGCUCCAGCGAGACCCUGAAGGCCUUCGAUCACGACCAGAGGCUGCACUAUGGGGGUUGUGUGACCGACCUGGUUCACCACGAGGCAGACGAAUACUCCAGACAAGGCCUCCUGGAGUUCUCUCCCGUCCUCCUACGAUACUUCAUUUCAGGGGGAAACUUCACCCUGGCUGAGCUGGGAGUGUGUGAGCCAACUCCCCCACCACACCCCGCCGCCGUUCCCUAUUGUCCUGACCUAGGUCUCCUCCAGAGAGGGUACUCCCUGAGCGCUGGCUCCGAUGCCGACUCGGACCCCGAAGGGCCGCUGUCUCCAGAGCGAGCCAUCCAGCUUUGGGCCGGAAGAGGAGGGGUGAAGUCCCGCCGCAGUUCCGGAGUGUCCAGUCGUGAGAAUUCAGCCCUCACCCUGACCGACUCUGACAACGACAACAAGUCGGACGACGAGUCAGGGGCCGCCAACCACCACAGUCAGUCCACACUACGGCCGCCACUGCCACCACCACACAACCACCACACCCUGUCCCACCAGUCUGCCAACAGUCUGAACAGAAACACCCUGAGAGGGGGACGCAACCCCAUCCACGCCCCGGCCCCCGGCACCGGAGACGGGCCCACCACCCCCGAGUCGGUCCAAUUACAAGACAGCUGGGUGCUCAACAGCAACGUCCCGCUGGAGACCAGGCACUUCUUGUUCAAGACGUCGUCAGGGACCACCCCUCUCUUCAGUAGCUCCUCUCCCGGUUACCCUCUGACCUCGGGAACCGUGUAUUCUCCGCCCCCUCGCCUGCUGCCCAGGAACACCUUCUCCCGCUCCGCCUUCAAGCUAAAGAAGCCGUCCAAGUACUGCAGCUGGAAAUGUGCGGCGGUGACAGCCAUCGCAGCGGCCGCCCUGCUCGCUAUUCUACUGUCCUACUUCAUUGCGAUCAACUUGCUGGGCUUGACGUGGCAGCUGAAGCCCUCCGACGGCCACGUAUUAAACAACGGACUGGAAGCCGGUCUGCCUGUCAACAGCGAUGUGGCCACACGGCCCUCUGGAGGCAGAGUUUCUUUUCCCCUCGCUCCAGGUCCGUGGGCCGGCCGAAACACCAGCAUAGACACGGGCAGCAUCGAAGUGGGGAGGCGGGUGACCCAGGAAGUCCCUCCGGGGGUGUUCUGGAGGUCCCUGCUCCACCUCAGCCAGCCCCAGUUCCUCAAGUUCAACAUUUCUCUCGGCAAGGACGCCCUGUUCGGAGUGUACAUUCGUAAGGGGCUGCCUCCCUCUCACGCACAGUAUGACUAUAUGGAGCGCCUCGACGGGAAGGAGAAGUGGAGCGUGGUGGAGUCUCCGCGGGAGAGGAGGAGCAUCCAGACCGUGGUCCUCAAUGAGGCGGUGUUUGUCCAGUACCUGGACGCCGGUGCCUGGCACUUGGCCUUCUACAACGACGGCCGGGAGAGGGAGGCCGUUUCCUUCAGCACAAAUGUCAUGGAUUCAGUGCAAGAGUGCCCGCGCAAUUGCCAUGGAAACGGAGAGUGUAAUUCUGGUGUGUGCCACUGCUUCCCAGGAUUCCAUGGCAUGGACUGCUCCAAAGCGGCCUGCCCUGUGCUGUGCAGCGGCAACGGGCAAUACGACAAGGGCUCUUGUGUGUGCUACAGCGGCUGGAAGGGGCCCGAGUGCGACGUCCCCGUCACGCAGUGCAUAGACCCCCUCUGCAGCGGCCACGGCACUUGCACAGAUGGAAACUGCGUGUGCUCCAUCGGAUACAAAGGCCAGAACUGUGCCGAGGUGGAUUGCCUGGAUCCCACGUGCUCCAACAAUGGCAUCUGCGUGAACGGCGAGUGCCACUGCAAGCCGGGAUGGGGGGGCCUGCACUGCGAGCUGCCCAGGGCUCAGUGCCCAGACCAGUGCCACGGCCACGGGGCCUUCAUACCAGACACCGGCCUGUGCAGCUGUGACCCCAACUGGAUGGGACCCGACUGCUCCAUGGAGGUGUGCUCGGUGGACUGUGGCACGCACGGAGUUUGCAUGGGCGGAGCCUGCCGCUGCGAGGAAGGCUGGACCGGCGCGGGCUGCGACCAGCGCGUGUGCAACCCGCUCUGCAUCAAACACGGCACCUGCAAGGAUGGGAAGUGCCAGUGUCACCAGGGGUGGAACGGAGAGCACUGCACCAUCGACCAUGGGAGCAUGGUUGACAAAGCAGAUGGCUGCCCUAACUUGUGUAACGGGAACGGCCAGUGCACCAUGGGCCAGCAGAGUUGGCAUUGUGAAUGUCAGACGGGCUGGAGGGGACCCGGCUGCAGUGUUGCAAUGGAGACCUCCUGUGCUGACAACAAGGACAACGAAGGAGAUGGACUCACAGACUGCAUGGAUCCCGACUGCUGCAUUCAGAGCCCCUGUCAGAACAGCCCCCUGUGCAGGGGCUCCCGGGACCCCCUGCAGGUCAUCCAGCAGAGCCCCACGUCCCAGCCCCGGGUCCGCUCCUUCUACGACCGCGUCAAGAUGCUGGUGGGACGCGACAGCACCCACAUCAUUCCUGGGGAAAACCCCUUCAACUCCAGCUUGGCAUCUCUAAUCCGGGGUCAGGUGUUGACUACAGAUGGAACCCCUCUGGUGGGGGUGAACGUGUCUUUUGUCAACUAUCCACACUACGGAUACACGCUGACACGGCAGGACGGAAUGUUUGACCUGAUAGCUAAUGGCGGGGCGUCGCUGACUCUGCGGUUCGAGCGUGCCCCCUUCCUGAGCCAGGAGCGCACCGUGUGGCUGCCCUGGAGCCAGUUUUAUGCUAUGGACACUCUGGUGCUUAAGACAGAAGAGAACACGAUCCCAGGCUGUGACCUGAGCGGCUUCGUCAGGCCUGACCCUCUUGUGAUUGCAUCCCCUCUCUCCUCCUUCUUCAGCUCCAAACCAGGGGAGAAACCCAUCAUACCGGAGACACAGGUGCUGCAUGAGCAGAUCGAGGUGCCCGGCUCAAGUUUAAAGCUGUGCUACCUAAGCUCAAGGACCCAGGGCUACCGGUCCCUGCUCAAGGUCACCAUGACCCCGGCCGUGGUGUCCAUGGGCCUGCUGAAGGUUCACCUGAUGGUAGCGGUGGAGGGCCACCUCUUCCAGAAGUGGUUCCACGCCUCCCCCAACUUGGCGUACACCUACAUCUGGGAUAAGACGGACGCGUACGGGCAGAGGGUGUACGGCCUGUCCGAAGCUGUUGUGUCGGUGGGAUACGAGUACGAGUCAUGUGCGAGUCUCAUCCUGUGGGAGAAGAGGACGGCCAUUCUGCAGGGCUACGAGCUGGACCCCUCCAACCUGGGCGGCUGGUCGCUGGACAAGCACCACAUACUCAACACGCGCAGCGGCAUUCUCCACAAAGGCAGCGGCGAGAACAUUUUCGUGACAGAGCAGCCCCCUGUAACAACCAGCGUCAUGGGGAACGGUCGGAGGCGCAGCAUCUCCUGCCCGAGCUGCAACGGCCUCGCAGAUGGCAACAAGCUGCUGGCGCCGGUCGCCUUGGCCAUGGGCAUCGACGGCAGCCUUUACGUCGGGGAUCUCAACUUUGUGCGCCGGGUUUAUCCGUCUAUGAACACAACAAGCAUCCUGGAACUGAGGAACAAAGACUUCAGACACAGUAAUAACCCAACGCACAAGUACUUCCUGGCAGUGGAUCCAGUGUCUGGGGCGCUGUUCAUCUCCGACACCAACUCCAGGAGAAUAUACCGCGUCCGCUCAUUAACGGGCGGCCGGCUGCUGUCGGACAACGCCGAGGUGGUGGCUGGGACGGGCGAGCAGUGCCUGCCCUUUGACGAGCGGUGCGGCGAUGGCGGCAAAGCCACUGAAGCUACACUCAUGAGCCCCAAAGGUAUCGCGGUGGAUAAAAACGGGCUCAUGUACUUUGUGGACGCCACCAUGAUCCGCAAGGUGGACCAGAACGGCAUCAUCUCGACUCUGCUGGGGGCCAACGAUCUGACCGCCGUGCGGCCGCUGAGCUGCGACGCCAGCAUGGACGUCAGCCAGGUGCGUCUGGAGUGGCCUACGGACUUAGCGGUGAACCCAAUGGACAACUCUCUCUACGUCCUGGAAAACAAUGUCAUCUUACGCAUCACCGAGAACCACCAGGUGAGCAUCAUCGCAGGUCGACCGAUGCAUUGCCAAGUGCCGGGCAUCGACUACAGCCUCAGUAAGCUGGCGAUCCACGCCGCUCUGGAGAGCGCCACGGCUAUCGCCCUGUCGCACACGGGCAUCCUGUACAUCGCUGAGACCGAUGAGAAAAAGAUCAACCGAGUUAGACAGGUGAGCACUAAUGGAGAGAUCUCUCUCCUGGCCGGCGCCGCCUCGGACUGCGACUGCAAGAAUGACGUCAACUGCAACUGUUUUUAUGGCGACGACGGCUACGCCCCGGACGCCGGCCUGAACUCGCCCACGUCGCUGGCCGUGUCCCCCGAUGGGACGCUGUUCAUCGCGGACCUGAACAACAUCCGCAUCAGGGCCGUGCGGGCGAACCGGCCCGGCCCGGCCCUCUCCAGCGUGGGAUACGGAGGAACGGCGCAGUACGAAGUGGCCUCGCCCAGGGAGCAGGAGCUGUACGUCUUCAAUGGGGAGGGGCUUCACAUCCAGACCGUUAGCUUAGUGACCGGGGAGCCGCUUUACAACUUCACCUACGGACCGGACGGCGAGCUGACCACUCUGGUGGACAACUGCAACAACACCGUGAAGGUGAGGCGGGACGGACUGGGCCAGGGAGGAGGCGCCGGCCUGCUCAGGCUGGUGCUGCUGCCCGAGAAUCAAGUGGUGACGCUGGGACUGGACCCCACCGGGGGGCUUCGCAGCGUGUCUGCUCUGGGCCAGGAGGUGGCUCUGAUGGGCUACAGUGGGAACACAGGCCUCCUGGCCACCAAAGCUGAUGAGACUGGAUGGACCACAUUUUACCAGUACGACAGCGAGGGACGCCUGACCAAUGUGACGUACCCUACAGGCAUGGUGACGAGCCUGCACCGCGAGAUCGAGCGCUCCAUCAACAUCGACAUUGAGAGCUCGAGCAGGGACGACGAUGUCACGGUCAUCACCAACCUGUCGUCCGUGGAGGCCUCCUACACCGUGGUGCAAGAUCAAGUGAGGAACAGCUAUCAGCUGUGCAACAACGGCACCCUGAGGGUGAUGUACGCCAACGGAAUGGGCAUCAGUUUCCACACGGAGCCGCACAUCUUGGCCGGCUCCGUCAGCCCGACCAUCGGGCGACGGAACAUCACCCUGCCCACGGACAACGGCCUCAACUCCAUCGAGUGGCGCCUGCGCAAGGAGCAGACCAAGGGCAAGGUCACCGUGUUCGGGAGGAAGCUGAGGGCUCAUGGCCGCAACCUCCUCUCCAUCGACUUUGAUCGCAACACGCGCACCGAGAAGAUUUACGACGACCAUCGCAAGUUCACGCUGCGCAUCAUGUACGACGCGCAGGGCCGCCCCGCCAUGUGGCUGCCCAGCAGCAGCCUGGCGGUGGUCAACGUGUCCUACUCCACCACCGGGCAGCUGGUGGGCCUGCAGAGGGGCAGCAUGAGCGAGAGGACGGAGUUCGACCCCCAGGGACGCAUCCUGUCCCGCUCUUUUGUUGACGGCAAAGUGUGGAGCUACAGCUACCUCGAUAAAUCCAUGGUGCUUCUCCUGCAGAGCCAGAGACAGUACGUCUUUGAGUUCGACGCCUCCGGGCGGGUGACGGCGGUCACGAUGCCCAGCGUCGCCCGCCACACCAUGUUCACGCACGUGUCGGUGGGCUACAUCCGCAACACGUACAACCCUCCGGAGAGCAACGCCUCCAUCAUCCACGACUUCUGCGAGGACGGCAGACCCCAGGCCUCGUACUUCCUGGGCACCGGACGCCGAGUCCUCUACAAGUACGGCAAGCUGGCCAAGCUCUCCGAGAUCGUGUACGACAGCACCGCCGUCACUUUCGGCUACGACGAGACGGCAGGCGUGCUGAAGAUGGUCAACCUGCAGAGCGGGGGCUUCUCCUGCACCAUCCGCUACCGCAAGAUGGGCCCGCUCAUCGACAAGCAGAUCUACCGCUUCAGCGAGGAGGGCAUGGUCAACGCAAGGUUCGACUACACCUACCACGACAACAGCUUCCGCAUCGCCAGCAUGAAGCCGGUCAUCAGCGAGACGCCGCUCCCCGUCGACCUUUACCGAUACGACGAGAUCUCCGGAAAGGUGGAGCACUUUGGAAAGUUUGGGGUCAUUUACUAUGACAUCAAUCAAAUCAUCACCACAGCCGUUAUGACACUGAGUAAGCAUUUCGACACCCAUGGACGCAUCAAGGAGGUCCAGUACGAGAUCUUCCGGUCGCUCAUGUACUGGAUGACGGUGCAGUACGACAGCAUGGGACGGGUGGUGAAGAGGGAGCUCAAGAUCGGGCCCUACGCCAACACCACUCAGUACCGCUACGAUUAUGAUGGGGACGGACAACUGAGCGGCGUCAAGGUGAACGACUGGUCUACCUGGCGCUACAGCUACGACCUGAACGGGAACCUCCACCUCCUGAAUCCCGGGAACAGCGCCCGGAUCCUGCCCCUCCGCUACGACCUGAGGGACCGCAUCACGCGCCUGGGGGACGUCCAGUACCGCCUGGACGAGGACGGCUUCCUCAGCCAGCGCGGCUCCGACGUCUUCGACUACAACUCCAAAGGCCAGCUGCUGAGGGCCUACAACAGAGGCCCCGGCGGCUGGAGCGUGGUGUACCACUACGACGGCCUGGGCCGCAGGGUGUCCACCAGGAACAGCCUGGGCCAGCACCUGCAGUUCUUCUACGCCGACCUCAACCAUCCGGCCCGGGUGACGCACAUCUUCAAUCACUCCAGCUCUGACAUCUCGUCGCUCUACUAUGACCUGCAGGGCCAUUUGUUUGCCAUGGAGGUGAGCAGCGGCGAGGAAUACUACAUCGCCUCUGACAACACGGGGACGCCACUGGCAGUGUUCAGCAGCAACGGACAGAUGAUCAAACAGGUGCAGUACACUGCCUAUGGCGAGGUCUACCUCGACUCCAACCCAGAGUUCCCCCUGGUGGUGGGUUUCCACGGGGGUCUCUACGAUCCGCUGACCAAGCUGGUCCACUUCACCCAGCGGGAUUAUGACGUCCUGGCCGGACGGUGGACCUCACCGGACUACAGCAUCUGGCCCAAGAUCGGGAAAGAUCCCUCACCCUUUAAUCUGUACAUGUUCAAGAACAACAACCCGCUCAGCGACAUGCUGGAUGUCAAGAACUACGUCACAGAUGUGAAGAGCUGGCUGGUGAUGUUUGGCUUCCAGCUCAGCAACAUAAUCCCGGGGUUCCCUCGACACUCGCUCUACUUCGUGGAGCCGCCGUACGAGCUGCAGGCCACGCAGCACUGCGAGAACGGACAGCUCAUCACUGGCGUGCAGCAGGCCGCCGAGCGCCACAACCAGGCCUUCAUGGCCCUGGAGGGUCGUCUGCUCAACAAGGAGCGGCGCCGGCGCAAGGACAAGCCCGGCCACUGGUUCGGGACCAGCACGCCCAUCGUGGGCCGCGGAGUGAUGCUGGCGCUGAAGGAGGGCCGCGUCGUGGCCGGCGUGUCGGCGCUGGCCAGCGACGACAGCCGCAAGGUGGCCCUGGUGCUGAACGGCGCCCAGUACCUGGAGGGCACGCACUACACGCAGGACGGGAAGGACUGCCACUACUUCGUGAAGGUGGGCUCCGCCGACAGCGACCUGCUGGCGCUGGGGCUCACCAACGGCCGCAAGUCCCUGGAGAGCGGCAUCAACGUGACGGUGAGCGGCCGGUCCAGGCGGGGCGUGACGGUGGAGUUCGCCGUGCCGUCGCUGGUGCUGAGCGUCCGCUACGGGCUGGCCGCCGACGUGGUGGACGAGGAGAAGGUGAGACUGUUGGAACUGGCCCGGCAGAGGGCCCUGGCCGGAGCCUGGGCCAAGGAGCAGCAGAGGGCGAGGGACGGGAAGGGGGGCAGCCGCCUCUGGACGGAGGGGGAGCGGCAGCAGCUGCUCACCACGGGGCGGGUACAAGGCUACGACGGCUACUACGUGCUGCCGGUGGAGCAGUACCCCGAGCUGGCCGACAGCAGCAACAACAUCCAGUUCCUCAGACAGAACGAGAUGGGCAGGAGGUAACAGCCCACCGGAACUGGCUCGGAGGGCGGACUCUUCCCUUUCUCCCUCUUUUACAUCUCCAAAUUCCUCUUUCCCCUUUUGUUUUGUUUUGUUUUGUUUUGUUUUGUUUUUUUUUCUUUACUACCCAGCCUCCUCUCACCCUUCCUCCUCUUAAAACCCAUGGAGAAAUAACCAACACACGGGGUUAUUCAAGGAACGCUGCAGGGACUUUUGAAAAGAAUGAAAACAUGUUAAUUUUACUGCCACAGGCAA